GAGAGAGUAUUUCUUAUAGAUAAGAGGCAGAAUUGCACGACGCCUCAUAACUGCACUCAAUAUACUUUGAAUACCAUAGCCAUUGAAAACAUAACUUCAACUCCAACCUCAACACAAAUCGACAACAAUGCCCAGCCUCCUCGCCAUCCCACGCCUCCCUACCCGCCUCGCCUUGUCACGAGCCAGCUCCCUCCCCCUUUCUGCACGCGCCUUCUCCAGCUCUUCAGUAGUAACCCAGCGCGCCAAAACGCUUCUCGAAGACAAAGACCAAGGUCUCGGCUUCAUCCGGUCGAACCCCCGCGCCCCCAAGCCGCGCAAGCUCGGCCUCACGGAGAUGCGUGGACCAUACUACUCUGCGUAUGGGACACGACACCUGGAGGAUGUGUUCGAGACGAUGGGAACACAUGUCGAUGGGCUGAAGUUUGCGGGGGGCUCGUUUGCGGUGAUGCCGGAGGGGAGGGUGAGGGAGAUGAUUGAGGUGGCGCACCGGAAUGGGGUGUAUGUGUCUACUGGGGGGUUUAUAGAGCAUAUCCUCACUCAUGCGGAUGUGCACAGUGUGGUGGAUAGGUAUCUCGAGCAGUGCAAGGAUCUCGGCUUCGAUGUUGUGGAGCUGUCCAGCGGCUUCCUCUCCUUCCCACCAGAUGACUGGCUUCGCCUCGUGGAGAAGGUGCAGAAGCACGGCCUCAAGCCGAAGCCUGAGCUCGGCAUUCAGUUCGGCGCCGGCGGGGACACGGAGGCCUCCGCUCUGGAAAAGACGGGCACGAGCGACCCGGCCAAGUUGGUGGAGAUGGGGAGGAAGUUUCUCGCGGCAGGCGUGGAGGUGAUGAUGAUAGAAUCAGAGGGCAUCACGGAGAAUGUGCGGACGUGGAGGACGGAUGUGAUCCAGAAAAUCCUGAGGGAUCUCCCAAUGGAGACCGUGAUGUUCGAGGCUGCGGAGCCAAAGGCGUUUAAUUGCCCUACAUGCAGAGCACGAAUCUGGAAGUCCGAAUUUGAGGCUUAUAACGAUUUGUCGUACGCUCAAGCCUUCAAUCUCAACGAGCGUAGAAGCAGGCGAGAGCCGUGUAACUGCCCACUUGAACAACGCCCAAGGGACUCAUACUACGAUGUUGGCGAAAAUCUACUUUUCGAUGAUCGGGCCGAGGAAUUGAUAAUGCAUGGACCACUCGUGGAGAAGAUACAGCUCCCUAAGAAGAAACCCGAUCGGAUUUUUGGGCUGAAGAAGACGAAGGAUUUUGCUAAAAUUCUCGAUAUCGAAGGACGAGACAACGACGAGGAUUCUAGAUGCAGUCCAUUCAAAGACUGCAACGAUCCCCUGUUGUUUCCAUUUCUUGAUAAUCGAAGCCAAGCCUGAGAAAAAGUCUGUCGGCUUCGAAGAGACUCAGACGCAAACAGCCCUUCCUAUUUGGGAGCUGUUAAGGCUGCAAGAGAGUAUUCGGGCUGAAGUAUCAAGGGG